AUGGGGGAAGAGGAUUUUGCCAGUAAGGAGGAGAUCAAAAAGAUCUUUACUAAGUUGCAAAGGAGAUCAGCAAACAAGAAAUGUUUUGAUUGCGAUUCCAGGAAUGCGACCUGGACGUCAAUUCCAUUCGGUAUAUUUGUGUGUCUGAAUUGCAGUGCAAGUCAUAGAAAUAUGGGUGUGCACAUCAGUUUUGUCAAAUCUUCUACCUUAGAUCAGAAGUGGACUUACAAGCAAUUGAGAAUGAUGAAAUGUGGCGGCAACGACAAAUUCAAGGAGUUUUUGAACAAAAAUGGUGGAUCAAUAUAUUUAACACGUCCAUUAAAAGAGAAAUACACAAAUCAGAUUGCCAAGAAUUACAAGGAGAAAUUGGAGGAGCGGGCUGCUAAUGAUGCCAUCAGACAUCCAAAAAUUCUUGAAUGGGAUGACGGUAGUUCUUCUGAUGACGAGAUUAAGGCAUCAAGUUCUAGCACAGAUGACUUCUUUACCAAAUGGGAGAGCUCAUCAGGUUCGGCUUCUGCAACACCUUCACCUCUGUCUUCAAGUACAAACUUAUCCAAAAAGCAGGGUCACGCAGAUGACGCAUCGAAGUCUGCAAGCUCUCGCAAACUUUCCAGUACUAGUAGUCUAACCAGCAAGCCAAAGAGAGGAUCAUUGUUGAGAAAUGGACGUAAGACUAGAAAUAUCUUAGGAGGCGGUGCUACCAAUAGAAACAAAUCAAGAUUACACGUUAAGAAGGUCAACGACGACAUUGACUUCGAUGCAUUUGAGCAGGAAGCAAAGAAUGAGGAAAAGGAGGCCAAGGUGCUCGGCGUUAAGCCACAGAUAAAUGAGAAGGAGUUUGGUGUUGAAACAACGAAGAAAUCUGAAACUGCAACAAGAGUUUCCCCGUUAACAUUAUCUAAAGUUGGCUCAGCUGGAAAAGGUAUUCGCAAGAAUUCUUCUGCAACUGCUUCUGUAGACAAUGAGCAGGCCGAGGAACCAGCUAUCACCGAAACAAGGCAAUCGUUUGCCAAGCUUGGAUUCGGUAUGACAGCUGCCUCCCCGUCUGAUAAUGCAAAGGAUACAAAUCGUGGCAGAAGAGCAAAGGAUGUUAAAUAUACGGGAAAUGUUGCCAAGAGAUUCGGCGGUCAAAAGAGUAUAUCGUCGGAUCAAUUUUAUGGUAUAAACGCAUUUGAUAAGGAAAAAGAUCGUGAGGCAAGAGAAAGACUUAAAUCCUUCACGGGUGCCCAAUCUAUUUCAUCAUCUCAAUAUUAUGGAAACAAUGAGGAUGAAUUAGAGGGUACAAAUGCUGAAGGUGGAGAGAUCGAGCAAAGAGUGGCAGAAAUUGCCCAAAAAUAUGUUGGACAGGACAUUAAUGUUUUGAAGGCGGCUUUACAGGAGCAGGGAGAGAAAAUAGGAAAGAAGCUUGGGGAUUACCUAAGGGACGCUCUGAGGUGA